AUGGAUCAGAUCCAAUCCGGAGAGUACAAUGGCUUCGAGACCACCAACGGUAGCUCACACAACGAUCACGGGUGGAAGAAGGUAGUGUACCCGAAACGCAACCGGAAACAAAAACCGGCGGAUCAGGCGACGAAUGGCACCUCCGGAAACCAGGUUCCCAACGGAACUCUAUCCAACGGAGACAACGUCUUCCGUUCCCUCGAGGAGCAGGCCGGAGAUCGCCAUCGGCGGAUCCUCGCGGCGAAAUCCGCCGCUGAUUCGUCGGACGGUUCCGAUCUGGCGAGAUCCAAACUCCGAUCCAACGGCUACGGAGACGAGGGGUACGAUUUCGACGACAGCGACGCUGAGAUCGCCGCUGGGAAGGAGAAUUUGAAGGCGGAGGCAGCUAAGAAGCCCAAGGUGAAGAAGGAGAAGAAGCCUAAGGUGACUUUAGCUGAAGCUGCUGCCAAAAUCGACGCAUCGAAUCUCGCAGCUUUCCUCGUCGAAGCUACGGAAUCGUAUGAGAACCAGCCAGAGAUUCAGCUGAUGAGGUAUGCUGAUUACUUUGGGAGAGCUCUCUCCGGAGUAUCAUCGGCUCAUUUCCCGUGGGUCAAAACGUUCAAGGAAUCUCCUUUAUCCAAGCUGAUCGAUAUUCCUUUGGCUCAUAUUCCUGAAGAUGUGUAUAAAACAUCAGCUGAUUGGAUCAACCAACGUCCCAUUGAGGCACUUGGAGCCUUUGUUUUGUGGGCAUUGGAUUCCAUUCUUGCUGACUUGGCUGUUCAACAAGGAGCUGCCAAGGGUGGUAAGAAGGGCGCACAACACGCUUCUUCUAAAUCUCAGGUUGCGAUAUUUGUGGUGGUAGCAAUGGUAUUGCGCAAGAAACCUGAUGCUCUGACUAAUAUAUUGCCAACUUUGAGGGAGAAUCCCAAGUAUCAGGGACAGGAUAAGCUUCCUGUUACAGUUUGGAUGAUGGCUCAGGCCUCCCAAGGUGAUAUAUCAGUAGGAUUGUACUCGUGGGCGCACAACUUGUUACCGGUGGCCAGUAGCAAGAGUUGCAAUCCUCAGUCAAGGGAUCUCAUCCUUCAGUUGGUUGAGAAGAUCUUGUCCAACCCGAAGGCCCGGACCAUACUUGUGAAUGGUGCUGUUAGGAAGGGAGAGAGAUUGAUUCCACCUCCUUCAUUUGAGAUCUUGGUUCGACUUACAUUCCCUGCAUCAUCUGCAAGAAUUAAGGCUACAGAGAGGUUUGAGGCAAUAUAUCCUUUGCUAAAGGAGGUGUCUCUUGCUGGUGCACCUGGAAGCAAGGCAAUGAAGCAAGUCACACAGCAAAUAUUCACUUCUGCUCUGAAAGCAGCUGGGGAAGGAAAUCCUGUAUUAGCCAAGGAAGCGGCUGCAAUCGCUAUCUGGGCUCUCACCCAAAACGUUGAUUGCUGCAAGCACUGGGUGAAUCUCUAUAACGACAAUCUGGGAGCUAGUGUCACUGUUCUUAAAAAGCUCAUAGACGAGUGGAAGCAGCGUCCUGUCAAGCUGACUCCUGCUGAUACCCUCACUCUCAGCCGAACAAUGAAGAGCUUGAGACUAAAGAACGACGAAGGUCUUGCUGAGGGAGGCAAUGGAGCAAACCAUUCCCUUUACAAAGAUGCAGACAAAUGCUGCAAGGUGAUCUCUGGGAAUCUCUCCAGCUGUGGUGGCUGCAUCAAAGGUAUAGCCAUCACUGCAGUUCUGGCUGCUGCAGGUGCUGCUGUUCUGUCUGCUAACCCCGAGGCUAUAACCGAGCUGAAGACUCUGGUGGAGUCGUGGGACUUCAACAAGUUCACCGAGUCAGUAAUGGCAGCUUUUAAGAACUAA